GCUCAAUUAAAUUGAGCUCAAGACACAAGUUGCCUUCUACAUUUCAUAUAGCACUCAUUUGCGCGGCUUGAUAAUAUUAUUAACUAACGCGAAGUUUUGCAUAGCAUACCUACAAUAUAAUUAAAAAUAGGGGACUCAUCUCUUUAAUACAAUAUAAAAAUUAUUUGUACAAGUCUUUAAAAAUUACUUAAAAACAAAACGUUCAGUACAUAGCUUUAUGGGAGAAAAUAUUUUUGUGAAUAAGCUAUCUCAGUAAUAAUCAUGCUAGGGUAUACUAACGCAGGAAUACCAGACAAAUCUUGGCAACCUCCAGUCGCCAUUUUAGAGACAACAAUGGGGACUAUUAUUUUAGAAAUGUACUGGAAACACACACCAUUGACUUGCAGAAAUUUUAUGGAAUUAGUAAGAAGAGGUUAUUAUAACAAUACAAAAUUUCAUAGAAUAAUUAGAGAUUUUAUGAUACAAGGAGGUGACCCGACAGGUACAGGAAAGGGUGGACAAUCAAUUUACGGGCCCCAGUUUAAUGAUGAAAUAACCCUUGAUUUGAAGCACACAGGAGCUGGAAUCUUGUCUAUGGCCAAUGCAGGACCCAAUACAAACGGAUCUCAAUUUUUUAUUACCUUAGCCCCAACACAAUGGCUGGAUGGGAAACAUACGAUUUUUGGCCGAGUCCAAAGUGGUAUGUCUGUUGUAAAGAGAAUUGGACUAGUAGAAUGUGAUAAAAAUGAUUCACCAGUGGAUGAUGUUAAAAUAGAAAAGGCAUAUAUUCCAAAAUAGUUUUUGUACAACUUUGAAAAUAAAUAAUGCACUAAG